AUGUCGAACCGGCGCCAGUCCGUGGCGUCGCAGCUGCAGAGCGAGCGGGACUGCCGGCGCUGGGCCGGGUGGAUGAACGGGCGGCUCGAGGGCGCCAUCGCCGCGGCGGAGCUCGCGGCCAUCGGCGCCGAGGAGUUCGCGGCGCGGCUGCGGAGCGGGGUCGUGCUCUGGAUGCUGCUCGAGACCUUCGCGGACCCCAAGGAGCUGCUGCCCGCCGGGCGCCAGGCGCCGCGGGGCCUGCGCGAGGGCCGCCGGCGGCACCGCGAGCCGAGCCGCAUCGAGGCCGUGGACAACCUGAACUGCGUCUUCGGCGCGCUCGCGCGCCUCGGCGUGAACCACACGGGCAUCGGCCCCCUGGACGUCGCCGACGCGAAGACGGAGUUGGUGUUGGGCCUCGUGUGGUCCAUCGUCGCGCACGUCGUCGCGCGCGAGCGCGGGCCCGUGCUGCUCUGGGCGCGCGCGAGCGCCGAGGAGUCGCCGCUGAGCGCGGCGACGAUCGUGCCGCGGCUGUUGCGGGACCUGGACGACGCGGCGCGGGCGGCGCUCGACGGCCGCGGCGACCUCGCGUCGGCGCUCGCGUACGCGGAGCGCCGCUGGGGCGUCGCGCCCCUCUUCGACGCCGACGACGCCAACGUCGACGAGCGGUGCCUCGUCGCCUACCUCGCGGAGCUCAAGAAGCGCGCCGAGGAGGCCGAGGCGCGCGAGCGCGCGGCGCUCGCGCGCGUCGCCGAGCGGCGCGACGCGCUCGCGCGCGAGGACCGCGACGCGGCCGUCGCGGCGGCGGCGGCCCGGGGCUUCCUCGACGCGUCCCUCGACGGCGCGAAGGCCCGCGACGCCGCCGUGCGCGACGCUCUGGCGGAGCGCGACGCCGCGGUGACGUCGAAGGUCGUCGCGGCGGCCGUGAGCACGGCCGUCGACGCGGCCAUCGCGGAGGAGCGGCGCGCGGCGGCGGCGGCGCUCGCCGCGGCGACGGACUCCGUGCGCACGGAGGAGCGCACGGCGGGCCUCGCGGCGCUCCAGGAGCUCGCGGACGGCCACCGCGCGGAGAAACGCGCGGCGAUCGAGGCGGCGGCCGCGCGGCUCGGCGCGAAGCACGGCGAGGCGCUGCGGUUGAUGCAGUCCCAGGCCGAGGAGGCCAUCGCGAAGUCGCGGGACGAUGCGCUGGCGGAGGCCGCGGAGGCGCCGCCGCCGCAGAGCCCGGGCCUGCCGGACGAGCACGCGUCUUCAGCUGCUUUAGCGAAGCUCGCGGAGGCGUCCGAGGGCACCGUGGCCUACAGCGCCGCGGCCUUCGCGGCGUUGAAGACGACCAUGGAAUAUCUGAAGGGCCACGCCGUGAGCCUCCACCGCCGGGAGUCGUCGAAGCUCCUGAAGGCGCUCGACCGCGCGGACGACGGCGUCGCGCGCGCGAAGCUCUUCAAGCACGCGCACCUCAAGGUCAAGGAGGUCGUCGUCCGCGUGACGCGGUCGAACCAGCGCUCGGGCCGCCACUGGGAGCCGUUCCACGGCGACGCGUCCUUCGCGACCGUCCAGCCGCACGAGCUCGCGCUGAUCCUGACGCACCUGCGGAACCUGGCCGUGGCCUACGACAACAUGACGGCCGACGAGAAGCGCGAGCUCACGACGGUGCGCGAGCUCGUCGUCAACCUCGACUGGCUCUGCGCCCUCGCGAAGCACUGCGUCGCGUCCGACGAGCGCCGCUACGCGGACCGCGAGCGGCGCCUCGACCGCGAGCCCCGCGCGCGCGUCGACCGCGCCGGCGACGGCGCCGCGCCCCCGGCGCCCCCCUUCUCGCCGCGGCGCAACCCGCCGGCGUCGCCCGCGGCCCGCGCGCCGCCGCCGCCGCCCGCCGCGCGCCGGACCGCGUCGAGCCCGUCGCCCUACGCGCAGUCGCGGCGGCGCGCCGACGAGGCUCAGCCCUACACGGUGCCCGAGGGCGGCGCCAUGGGCAUCCUCUUCGGCGUGCUCUGUCUCACGGGCCUGCUCUGCGUCGCGGGCAUCGUCCUCGACAAGGGGUCGACGUUCAAGGACGUGCUCCGGCCCGGCGACGGCUUCCUGAGCGCGCGCGGCCAGAGCGCCUGGUACUCCAUCGCGCUGAGCUUCUUCGCGUCCGGCAUGGGCGCCUGGAUCGUCUACGGCACGACGGAGAUGGGCGCGACGCGGCCCAUCUCGUGGUGGGGCGUCAUCGGCUACUCGACGGCGUCCGCGUUCCCCGCGGUGCUCCUCUGCUGGCUCGGCCCGCGCAUCAAGACCGUCGUCGGCGCCGCGUCCGGCUUCUCGGCGACGGACUUCGCCCUGAGCCGCUACGGCCGCCUCAUGCACCUCCACGUCUGCUGCAUCAGCUGCUUCUACAUGUACAUCUACAUGGUCGCGGAAUUGACGUCCAUCGGCAACGUCUACGCCACGUUGGUCGGCAAGUCCGUCGCCGGCGACGACUCCGAGAACUUCACGACGAAGAUCGCCAUCUGCGUGGCGCUCUUCACCUGGGCCUACACGGCCCUCGCGGGGCUGCCGGCGUCGAUCCUCACGGACAAGUUCCAGGGCGUCGUCAUCACGUGCGUCGUCAUCAUGCUCCUCGUCGCCACGACCACCCUGAAGUCCAACGAGGUGUCGAAGCAGGAGUACGAUGACGCCACGGGCUGGUUUUCCAAAGGCUUCGAAGCCCUCGUGACCCUGUGGAUCGCGAUCUGUUCGGCGGAGCUCUUCAACCAAGGCAACUGGCAGCGCGUCUGGGCCGCGCGGUCCGACAAGGACAUGAAGAUCGGCUUCCUCGCCGGCGCCGUCCUCGUGACGCUCGUCAUGUUGUUCUUCGGCGUCAUGGGCACCAUCGCGUACGCGCGCGACCGCGAGUCGUACGACACGUGGCAGAAACUCGCCUACCUCUCCUUCUUCGACCUCCUGCGGAACCUGCCGCGCUUCUGGCACUACGUGACCCUGGCGCUCCUGACGACGCUCGCGGCGUCGUCGUUGGACACGCUCCAGAACGGCAUCGCCUCCGUCUUAAGCCGCGACCUGCUCAAGCAGAAGCUCAACACGAACUGGUCGCGCCUCGUCGUCGUCGGCUUCAACAUCGCCGCGAUCAUCCAGGCGUCGGACCGCUUCGAGGUCGUGCCCCUGUUCCUCGUGGCGGAUUUGGUGUGCGCGACGGCCGUCUUCCCGCUCUUCCUGGGCCUGUGGACGGACGAUUUGGUCGUGGGCCCGCUGACGAUCCCGGCGCCGACGGAGCUCGGCGCGUUCCUCGGCGCCUUGGCGGGCAUCGCCGCGGUGAUGGUCAACGGUGAGAUCAACGACGUCAACAAGGCCGUGAACCCCUACACGGGCAAGGUCUACGACAAGUCCGCGUUCGCGUAUUUCUGGGGCAUCAAUUCCAAGUCCGACGGCAGCCCCUACGAGUGCGCGCUCUGCGGCACGAAGCUCAUGGUCACCUUCAUCGUCGUGCCCCUCGUCUCCGCCGCGGCGACGGUCAUCUUCUCCUACGUCGACGUCUACGUCGGCGGCGACAAGGCGAAGCAGCCCUUCAUCAUCGUGCCGCGCCUCGACGGCGACGACGACGCGCUCCUCCCGGCCAAGGACCUCGAGCUCGACGCCAUCCAGGUCGCCGACGACGAGAAGAAGAGCCCCGAAGAGGAACUCAUGAACUAA